AUGGGAAACCGGCAAGCAGAACAUUCUCCUCUCCUGCAGUUUCCAGCAACUGGUGUUCGGAAGCAUGCUGCCUCCAAACAUGGAGGCAGAGCAUAGCCGUCAUGGCUAGUAGUCAUUGAUACCCUUAUCCUCCAUGUAUUUAGUCUAACUCUCUUUUAAAGCCAUCCAAAUUGGCUUUAAUCAGUGUCUCCGGUGGAAGUGAAUUCCAUCGUUUAACUGUGCAUUGUGUGAAGAAGUACCUUCUGAAUUUCCCAACAUUUAGCUUCAUUGGAUGUCAACAAGUUCUAGUGCAGAUUUAUCCUGUGCAAGUGUACUUAAAAGUGAGCCUGAGACACCAUUUCCCACCUAAUUCAUCUCAGACCAUGAGUGACGCAACAGCUUUGAGGGUGAGAGAUCCCUCUGGCAGCUGGACUGUAGAAGAUGAUAUAUCCGGCACAGAUACUAACACUUUGAAACCCAAGCUGAUGCCUGUAUGUGCAGAGAUGGCUCCUGAACUAAUGGGCACAGGUUCUGUCUCCAACAGUUCCAGCUUGAGGAAAGGAAAAAUAUAUCAUUCUGGGACUGGUGGAAAUGGCAUAAGAAAUUCUGUAGAGGAGGACAAGAUCACCAGGCCCAGCUAUGCAGAAAGACAACAUGGUCAGUCUCCCCCCAAAAAAGGAGAUGAAAAAAUGGACUGCUGGCAGCUAGGAACCAACACCUGCAUAGUUCCUCGUCCUGUGAUGAUCUUAAGUCCUAAGAAAAGGAAGCUGGUUCUACACAUUGAUUUAAACAACACCAUCCUAGUGUCUGAUGCUAUCACUGGUCAGGACCCCAGAGCUGCUCUAAACUAUUUCCUGAGUACUGUGACCUGGGGAAAGAUCAGCCCGACAGGUGAAUGGCAAUGGCUGAGCGAGUCCCCCUCCCUGCACCCUCCCUGCCAGGGUGCUGUGAGUUUUUACUCCCAGUAUGGCCGCAACACCAAGUUCACCGAUGUGCCCCUGGGGCGGCAGUUCUAUGAUCUUCACAGGCGCCACCUGGGGCUGCUGGAGUGGCAGGGCCAGCCUCACCCGCUGCUCUCCAGUCAAGACGAGCAGGCCAAGCACUACCACUUAGUGUUGCCUUCCUUCUUCCACCUCCUGGAGAGCCUGCACCAGGAAAAGAGGCGGUUUGCUGUCGUCUUCCGCACCUUCGGCACAGACCUGCCUCGUGUCCUGCAGGCGGUGCGCUGCGCCCUGGAGGGGGAACACCCCUGCUUCCCUGCCCUGCGGGAUAUCUCGUUGCCCGUAGACCUCAGUCCUGGAAAGAUACGUUGCAGCAAGCGAAAGGUGGUGGUGACUCAGGGGGUGGAGCGGCUCUCCACUGAAGAUGGUGACAGGAGAAUGCACCUGUACUUCAGCUCCAGGGAAGGCCUUUGUGGCUUCCAGGAUCACUUUGGCUGGUGGGCCAAGAAUGAGUUCUCUAGCCAAGGUGGGAAGCCCCUUUGGAUUGACCCUUAUGACGCAAGCGUCCACCACAUCUGUAUUGAUGACAACAUUCGUCUGAAUGAUUCUGAUACCAUCAUCCACCCUCAGGUCUUCACAGGGCAAGGAAGCAGCUGUCUCCGGACGACUCCCACCUCAGAGCUGUACAAUGUUUGCCUGGUUCAAACAGACCUCCUGGAGGCCAUCUCUGACAUGAGCUAUUUCUGCCACUGCAUAAGACGGUGCGAGGAGAACUAUGACAGCUACUUGGCCAGCAGUGCUGGGAAUUGCAUCUAGUGGGGCUGACCUAGUGACGGUAGCGGGGGGAGUCCUAUUGCCUCAGGCAUGGUGUGGUGCUUACAAGAGAAGAAGAGAGUCAACUGUUUUGGGCCUCUGGGCAUUGGAAGCCUCAGCUGAGCUAUUCCCUGCACGCACCCCAUUGGAGUCAGCCUCUUUGCUUUUGCCUUCCAGUCAAUGCUCGGGGCAGGAAAUUCCAGACGCUCCUGUGGAACAGACAGCAAUCCGGGAAAGCACCCUGUGGCACGUUUUCUGAUUCUGUCAUAAUCAGAGCAUCUGCACAGAGGAUACUUUCCUCUUACUUAAUAUUUAUUCAGAAGGUGUUUGGGUUUUUUUGGCGGGUGGGAGUUCAUGGGACUUCAUUGCUGCAGAGAUGGUUGACCUUGGCUAACCUCUACCUCAAAGAGCUUGUACCUUACCACAAGGCCCUUCAGCGUUGUGCUCAGCCACGGAUGCAGAGAAAAACUGCUGGCACAGUCUGUCUUUCCAAACAUUAAAAUCAACUCCAGCUGCUCUUGUUUGUUGAUUGGCUGUGACGGCUGCUGACCCCAGUGCCUGAGGUAUGGUGCUAAGUAGGCCCUCGUGAGUGAGGUUUGAGGGAUUAAGGUUUGUUUCUGGUACAGCCAAGCAAGGAGCUAAAUGAGGUUCAGUGGCUUGUGAAUGCAGCCUGUUUGGAGAAUUAUUCAUAAACAUGACCACUGCAAAAUCAUGUAAUAACUGGCUUCCAAAAGCUCUGACUUCAGAAAUAAGGGGUUUGGUUUAUUGCCCUCUAUCUUUGCAUGCAGAUCAAUGUGAGCAAAGGGCCCGAAUUCUCUGGAAAGAAGCUAAUCGUAAUUAUGCUGGAACGGCUUGAGGACUUCCAGGUCAGGAAUGGGAACCUGUAGCCUUCCAGAUGUGGUUGGUCUCCAGCUUCUAUCAGGAAGGAAAGGCCUGUAGCUCAGUGGUACAAAGCAUUUGCUGUGCAUGCAGAUGGUUCCAGGUUCAAUCCCCAGCAUCUCCAGGUAGGCCUGGGAGAGACACACACACCCUGAAAUCCUGGCAAGUUUCUGCCAGUCAGUGAAGGUAAUGCUGAGCUAACAGACCAAUUGUCUGAUUCGGUAUAAGGCAGCUUCCUGUGUUCCUAUCAGCCCCAGCUAGCACAGCAUUGGUCAGGGAUGAUGGAUGUAGCAGUCCAACAAUGGAGGGCCACAGGUUUCCCCUCCUUGUCCCAAAUUCUGCUUACCUACCGUUCUCUUCAUAUGGUAAGGGAGAAGAGGGAUUUUUUUUCAUAAAGUCCCCCCCCCCACCUUUUGCUGCACAGAGAGAGCUCAGUCCAGGUUGCUGUUGCUCUUUGCAGAGAGCACUUUUGCUCACAGGAUCCCUCCCACCCAGUGUCAGAGAGAGGCAGGCUCUGCCUAUUGUUGCCGCUGUGAGGCCAGUGCUCUGUUUGGUGCUUGAGAGAAUAGUUUGACAUAACAGUUUUACCUCCCCAGCAGCGGGAGGCUGAGCCCAACUCCUUUUGCCAGGGCUCAGCAGAAAGUGGGCAGUGGAGGAGCCUCUGGAAGCCAUUGUUCCUAGUCUGCUCCUUGCCUUUUAAGGUUGUAUUUCUCCUCUUGUUGAGCUGCAGGGCAAAUGUGUGGCACAAAGUGGGAAGGAAAACUGUGAAGUAUACUGUAAUUCAAAUAUCUGGAAUGCUGUGAUGUGUGUGUGUGGGGGGCGUAAACAUAGGGUUGCAGUAGAUUAUCACAGCCUUUUUGCAGAAUGUGGUUCAAUUUGGGUAUUGUCCGAUAGGCAAGAUAAAAUAACCACAUGAAUUUGCACAGAUCAGCCCAGAGUACUCAAUUUUAUUAUGCAAAUGUAUUAUCUAUUCCAUCCCUUUAGCUUGGGACUGUUUUAGAAAGAUCAGGAUGUCUCAAAAUAUACUAGAUAUGCAACUAAAUAAACCCCAUGGGCACUAAAUGCCUGCUGUCUUACAUUUCCCUCUUGAAGGUUGAUUUUGGCUUUCAAAAAGAAUUAAAUGAGUUUGAGGAUAGUUUUAUCACUGCUUAUUAGUCAUAUUUUCUAAAUGGAACCUCCAAAUUCAGAGGUGGUAUACCUGAAUACAAGACACUGGGGAUAAAGAAGGCAGAAGUGCUAUUGCUUUCAAGUGCUCAUGCACUUCUCAAAGGCAUCUGUUUGGGAAGAAGAUGCUGGACUAGAUGGAUCUGUGGUUUGGUCCAGCAGGGAUUGAUCCAGCAUGUUCCCUGACCCUUUAGAAAAAAGGUUUGCCUGGGAACAAGCCAUCAAGACUACCUUUCUCUGUCUCCUUCCUGUUCAUAGUUGGUGCUUGAGGGACAAACACAGUCAAGAUUGAAAAUGAGGCAAAAGGGAGGAGAAGGUCUCUGAAAUAUAUAGGAUUCAAGGUGCUCCAGACUUGAAAGGUUCAUCAGGCAGGUGGCAGGCAUAAUCAAUGUGCCCAUGCUAUUUAGACAGGGAAUGUUAAGCUAGCUUGGAGAACCAGCAUGAUCCCAUAGAGAUAGGUGCAGAACCUGGGCUCAAAUUUCCGCUUCAGUCAGAUCUGGCCCAUCCACAUGUCCACACUGACAUGUUGAAAAUACAAGUUAGGUGGAUCUGUGCAGAGUGUCAUACCUGUUAGAAUUGCUUGUGGGAUUGUUUUACCACAUUCUCAACUCGUAGCUGCACCAUUGCUUCUUCACAGGACAAACCCUAAGCAGACUUCUACAGAUGCGGUCAGGACAUAAGCUGUGAAUAGAAGUUUGAAAUCAUCUGUUCCACAGGAGUAUAAUGGAUAUGCUUGAGAUUCUUGUAAGGCAGUUUGUGCAUUCAAGAAGCAUUAUGUAAAUGAUCCUUGGUGACUGAUUUACAACAUUUGUUUAGCUAUUUCUGCCCAAAAAGAUGCCCAGAAGUGGCUCACUACAUUCACUAUUGGCAAUGGCUGCUUUGUCAUGCAUGUUGAAACCAGUCCACAUGGCAAGAUUCUAUGGCUAAAUACAAUAGAACCUCACUGUAAUGUGGCUCGCUGUGCCGUGGAUUCAGAUAUACUGCAGCUACGAUGAUGACCCUGAUGAGUACAAUACUGUAUACAAUUCUGUAGUUUCUGUUAUAACGCAGAAGCCCUGUAACCCGGGUGCAUCCUUUGUCCCCCAACCCCCAUGUUAUAACAAGGUUCUACUGUAUUGGAAAAGGGGCUUGCUGGGAGGGGGGGGGAAGCCUAUACAGUUCCAGUUGCUCCUUUGCUCUUCAAGAGGGCCUCGAACCAAGGGGCUUGUUGGUCUGUGCAUAAUGCAAAGCCCCUCUCAAAGCAGACCCUCACUCCUACUUCAGUGUCCCUCCUGCCAGUCCCUUUUAGAAGCAUGGCCCUGUCUGUCCACAUAUUUCUCAGCCUGACAGGUGAGUGACAGCUCUCUCCCUGAAGCCUCUCCUUGUCAAUUAUGAAUUCAGUUGCUAUCGAGACUAAGGGGAUUAAGGCAGCUGAAGGCUCCGGGUUUGCAGCCUGCCGUGCAAGACAUCUGUACAGAGCUGGCUCUCCACAGUCUGGCUCUCCUGCAAGAUGAGAUUGCAGGGUUUCUACUGGGCUGCCAUUUCUGAAGGGCUCCCCAGGCAAGCUGAACCACUUAUCUCCUAGGAGUGCCUAUCCCCAGAUCACGUCUUUCAUUUUUUUACUUCAGAGUUAAUUAGUCUGAAACAAAUACCACUUCCCUGGCUCCAUAAAGAGAGCCAGUGUGGUGUAGUGGUUAAGGUGUUGGAUUACGACCUGGGAGACCAGGGUUCGAAUCCCCACAUAGCCAUGAAGCUCACUGGGUGACCUUGGGCCAGUCACUGCCUCUCAGCCUCAUGAAAACCCUAUUUGUAGGGUCGCCAUAAGUCAGAAUCGAGUUGAAGGCAGUACAUUUACAUUUUGGCUCCAU